UUCCCAAAUUCUCUGCUCUUAAAUUCGAAAAACCCUUUGCUUUGCUCUGAUUCAUCGGAAAAAUGGAAAGUAACAGAGGCGGCAACUCCGGGCGCGGCCGUGGCCGUGGACGCGGCGGCGGUCGGCACGGUAACUACGACGAUCAGCAACAAGGAGGCCGUGGAGGCGGCCGCGGCUAUUACGGCGGCGGAAGAGGAUACGAGGGCUCCGGCCGUGGAUCCUACAACCAGCCUCCCGCUCGGCCGCAGCAGUGGGUUAAUCGGCCUCCGCCGCAGUCGAAUCAGCCUCCGGCGUGGGGAUACAGACCGGCGCAGCCGCAGCCGCAGCCGCCUCCUGCUCAGGCAGUCGCUGCGGGGCCAUCCACGUGGACAGGAAGGCCGUGGGGACCUCCUCCUUCCGCUCAACCCGUUCGUCCACCUCCUGCUCCUGCUCCUGCUUCUCCUUCUCCUUCUGCUUCUGCAGCUUCUCCUUCGGCGCCGGCGCCGGCGACUGCUGUUGAAAUUCGGCGCGAAUCUGAGAAGCCUCUUUCCACGAAGAGCAAGGAGGGGCAGAUUGAGGCGAUUCGCCGCCCCGAUCACGGCACCCUUGCCGUCCGGAGGAUCAACCUCGUCGUCAACCACUUCCCGAUCUCCUUCAACGCGGAGGCCACCGUCUACCACUACGACGUCGACGUGAAGCCGGUUUCCACCGACGGCAGCCGUCCGGCGAAGAAGCCGCUCCGGAAAUCCGACCUCCGCUUCAUCAAGGACCUCGCGUUCCCCGGCGCCGAGCUCCUCAAAACCGUCUACGACGGCGAGAAGAACGUCUUCAGCGCCGUCCGCCUCGACGAGGGCAAGUACCGCGUCGUCGUCCCCGAAGGCGAGGACGUCCGAUCCGGAUCGUACUUCUUCACCAUCAAGCUCGUGAACGAGCUCCCCCUCUCGAAGCUCAGAGACUAUCUCAGGGGGAACGUCGCUCAGGUGCCUCGCGACACGCUGCAGGGGCUGGAUUUGGUGAUGAAGGAGAAUCCGAUGAGGACGCGGAUCGCUCUCGGCAGUAGAAGCUUCUUCUCGGACCGAAACGGAGCUGAUCUCCGCGACGGCCUUGCAGCUUACAAAGGCUUUAUCCCGAGCCUCAAGCCCACGGGCCAGGGCCUGUCUCUAUGUAUCGACUACUCUGUUCUCGCGUUUAGGAAGCCGUUGCCUGUAAUUGAGUUUCUGAAGCAGCAUUUGAAGUUGAGAGGAGUGGAUGAGUUUCCGAGGGUGCUGAGGAAUAUCGUCAAGGUUCUUCAGGGAUUGAAAGUGAAGGUGAAUCACCGUCGUACGAAUCAGAAGUACACGAUCCGGGGGCUGACGAGGGAGGUUCCUCGUGAUUAUUUUUUCGAAUUGGUUGAUCAAGAGGGUGGGGCGCCGCCGAGGAGGGUUAAUCUUGUUGAUUAUUUCAGGGAGAAAUGGGGGAGGGAGAUAGUGCACCGGGAUAUUCCGUGUUUGGAUGUGGGAAAACUGAACAAGCCGAAUGUCAUACCUAUGGAGUUCUGUGUGUUGGCUGAAGGGCAGAGGUUUCCGAAGGAGAAUUUGGAGAAGGAUACUGCUGUUUACUUGAAGAGGCUUACUCUUGUUAAGCCUUCGGAGAGAAGGGACAACAUUUGUGAAAUGGUGAAGGCUAAUGAUGGAUGUUUUGGGGAGAUUGCUAGGAAUUUUGGAAUCAGUCUUGAUACGAACAUGACGAAGGUUGGAGGCCGAGUGAUUGGUGCUCCGGAGUUGAAAGUAGGUGGUUCGCGUCCAGUAAGAGUGGAUGCUGAGAAAUGCCAAUGGAACCUUCUUGGGAAAUCAUUCCUGGAUGCGAAGUCUAUGGACUGUUGGGCCUUGUUAGACUUCACGCAAGGUGACCGUUUCAACGCGCUGAUGGUGGGUAAUUUCUUAAACAAUCUGAUAGGUCGGAGCAGGAAUCUGGGCAUUCAGAUGGCCAAGCCUGUUGUGUAUCGUCUCUAUCGGAUGCAGGAUCUUUCUUCUGUGGACAGGCUCGAGAAGAUUCUCAAGGAGACCGUGAGUGAGGCGUCCACAUUGAGCAAGGGGAAGAAGCCGCAGAUGAUUGUCUGCGUGAUGAGUGGAAGGGAUCCGGGUUACAAGUAUAUUAAGUGGAUUUCUGAGACACAGAUUGGUGUUGUGACACAGUGCUGUUUGUCUCAACCUGCAAACAAGGGACAAGAUCAAUAUCUUGCUAAUAUUUGUCUCAAGAUCAAUGCCAAGUUAGGAGGGACUAACUUUGAAGUAGCUGGGAAGCUUUCGGGUUUCGAGCCGACUGACCAUGUGAUGUUUAUAGGGGCUGAUGUGAAUCACCCUGCACCUAUGAACAAGGAGUGCCCGUCUAUAGCUGCUGUCGUUGGUACAGUGAAUUGGCCUGCUGCGAAUCGCUAUGCCGCGAGGGUGAGUCCCCAGAAGCAUCGAUGUGAGACUAUCCAGAAUUUCGGGGCCAUGUGUAAGGAUCUGGUGGAUGCCUAUGCUCGGCUCAAUAGGGUUAGGCCGAGGAAGAUUGUGGUGUUUCGUGAUGGGGUUAGUGAGGGGCAGUUUGAGAUGGUGCUCGGGCAGGAGCUGCUUGAUCUGAAGGAUGCCAUUUACAAAGAUGAUUACCAGCCGCCAAUCACAGUGAUAGUUGCUCAGAAGCGGCACCAGACACGCCUCUUUGUUGAGAACAAGAACGAUGGUGGCCAGACGGGGAACGUGCCUCCGGGAACCGUGGUGGACACAACAAUCGUUCAUCCUCAUGACUUUGAUUUCUAUCUGUGCAGCCACUAUGGGGGGAUCGGGACGAGCAAGCCCACUCACUACUACGUGCUUUGGGAUGAGAACAAGUUCACAUCCAACCAUUUGCAGAAGCUCAUAUAUGACAUGUGCUUCACCUUCGUGCGUUGCACCAAGCCUGUGUCGCUCGUUCCUCCCGUCUACUAUGCUGACCUUGUUGCUUACCGGGGCCGGAUGUUCCAAGAGGUCGCAUUAGACAGAGGGGCCUCGUUUGAUCAGAGCUUCUAUAGCAUGCACACGGAUUUGCUGAACAACAUGUUCUUCGUGUAGAGCGUGGGAGACGGAGAACACCCAUGAAGACGUCCAAUCUCCUUUUGAAGGGGUUUGUGCGUGAAUCUAAUGGGUGUUGCUUCGUGUAUCGUAGCGUCAGCCACAUGAAGCAACUCCCAUUUUUGCUUCUUUUGCUAGUGUGUUUGCCUGUUUUAUUUGCUUUGGUGUUUGUGUUGAACUCUGUUGUUUUGCUGCGUGAAGUGUGUUUUGGAUGAAAUCUUCUGCGUUGUUUGGUAUUUUCUUGUUCAAUAAAGACAGAUUGUGUUAUUAGAA